CUGGAGAAGAAGGCCAAGAGGACUAAAGCUGUGAGGCCCCUCAACCUGCCCAGGCGCCGGGUCCGUGUGAAGCCAGAGGAGGUGUGCUCUGUGGCUGGAUGGGGAAGGAUAGGCCUGGGGGAUGAAUUAUCAAACAUACUACAAGAGGUGGAGCUGACAGUACAGAAGGAUCAGGAGUGUGUGUCCCACUAUCCACGUUUUUACCACAAAGCCAAUCAGAUAUGUGUGGGGGACCCAAAGAUCAAGCGAGCUUCCUUCAUGGGGGAUUCUGGAGGGCCUCUCCUCUGUAACAAAGUGUUUGCCGGCAUCGUCGCCUAUGGACAUGGGGAUGGUUCAGCACCAAGUGUCUUCACCAGAGUGUCAAAUUUCUUAUCCUGGAUAAAGCAAAUGAUGAAACGCAGCUAACUCCAGAGCAAACCAGACCCCUCUCUGACUCAGCAUCUUCCCUACA